AUAACCUCUAUCCGAAAUGCAAGCUCAAAGCACACGGACGGAAGCUGUCACAACAUCAGCUCAGAGCCUCUUAGCUAUACAGACCCUUUUACGCGCCAGUUUAGGUUGCAUAACUUUUCUCAGGCAAGCUCUUCUCUUGCGCCCCUUCUUUCUUCAAACAUGUCUAGGGAUCUACUACCAAGCGACAACUUCACCGACAGUCACUUCACUAGUUCGGACGACUCCUUCCUUUCCUCCCAGUCCUCUUCCGACCCCAAUAGCUCGAUCGAUAGUCGUAAUGGGAAGAAUGUCAACGGAUUCAAGAUCAUGGAAUAUGGUAUAUUCGAUGCGUUACAAAAGCACUACCUUCGCAGCUUCAUUUUCGCCAUAUAUUUGGACGAGAAGGAUCCUACCAACAUCGUCGAAGCAUACACUUUCAAUUUCCACUACCAUACUAUUCCUGGAACAAACACUGUAAUACCUCUCAUGAGCGUCGGCGAGAAUAAGAAGCGCGCUGGCAAGGACCCGGUUUCCGUUGCCGUUAAGAACGGGAAAGCUCCCACCCUCAAAGAUGUCAAGAAGAGUGUCAAGACAUUAUUGAAGACUCUCAUCCAUUCCACAACCCAAAUGGAUGUUCUGCCCAAACGUCGAUUCGCGGCCUUCAAGCUGUUCUACACCGAUGACACGCCUGCCGACUACGAGCCCCCACACUUUCAAGCGGGUGACGCACAGAAGGACAAGUGGUAUUUCAUGACCCAUGAUAUGGACGAGGUUCCAGACAACUGGAAGAUGGGUCAAGUUGAGACAGGCCAUCACUCCGUUAAUCUCAGCGUUGCGUCAAUUGCGACGUAUUUACCAUCGUCUACUGAAAACGAACAUGCGACAUUCACUGGAACCGUUUCCUACCCAGCUGGCUGCCCGCCACCUCUUACACCGAUUGAAGAGGCUGCCGUUCGUGCUGAACAAGCCGAAAAACAGAUGCAAGAUGCAGACAAACGAAAUAUUGUCUGGGCUGCGGAUGCUGCUGUCGAAGGUGACGACGACCUAUUAGACUGCCCAGGAGAUGAGGAGGAGGGUUACCUCCUGCGGUUCGACUCGGAAGCCGGGAUGAUGCCAUACGGAGUCAGGAAUGCCGAUGGCCGGAUAGAGCCUAUUUCAAAGGAGAUGGAAGUGGAGAUGCAUUUCGGAGGCACCUCGCAGGCAGUGCCGACACGUCUCGAGGAGCUGGACGCGCUGGGUAGACUUGAAAACACCGAUAUGGAGCAGACACAGUCAUUCCCAGACUUCCCUCCAGCAGCUCAAGAUCGCGACAUCAAUCGCAACGACUCAUUGCCACCCUCAGAUAUCCUCACAUCAUCGACUAUUGCCGAUCGAAACAUCGAAACCCAAAUUGACAUUGAUACUCAACGACUUCAGGCGCUAGCACUCGAAAACCAAAUGUUAACCGACGAUACGGAAAUGCUGGAUAUGGAAACUCAGAUGUCCGUUCCAGAGGUUGUUGAUCCAAUCCGGUCGUUUAGUGACACCGAAAUGGGUGACCAAUGCAUUCAAGAAGACCCGCCAACACCCAAAGCGAAACGGCCAAUGCAUAAAGACAAGCAGGUUGAGGAUCGCGGUUUACAAUGCGAAUGCGAUGUGAUGAUCGAUGACGAGCUCUGUUUCUGCCAUGGUUGUGGGCGCCAAUAUCACGUCUGGUGUAUGGGCUUCCAUUCUACCAAGGAUGACCGUAUUCCUGAAGAUUUUAUUUGUUUCGACUGUCGAGUCCACGCUGACAAUUCUUGGGAACUCAUCAAAGUCGACCUUUAUCCGAAGAUGCUUUCCAAAUUCAAGGACCUUGCUCUCUUUAGGCGAGCGAUCAAGGUGGCCGAGACACGCAACCCUGCCGUAGUCGCGGAAUUCGCUAAAUUGUUGUUCAAGCGUCUGGAAAACGAGGGCUUUAUCGUGGAGAAUACGCUGGAAAUGGAUGAUCUCGGCUUUCUGGAGACACGGUCCAAGGCAACCAAAGCUAAAUCGAAAUCGAAAGGCAAGCAAACAAAACAACGGAAGAAUGUGCAGAAAGCAAAAUAUACCUUCAAUCGCGCCUGUCUGUCGACAUCUGAAUUCAAGGACUACUUCGACCCAACUAUUGAAAGCCGUCUGCUUGAUCUGCCACAGAAAGUUUGUCGAUUCUUCAGAUGGAGAUUCACCAGCUACCCAGUUAUCUUGCAGAAGGCUGAUAUCAAAGCGCGUCCUCUGACGACAAUCAUUGACGAGUCUCAAACCCAAGACGACACUCAGAUGCCGAAUGCCGAAACUUUGAACACUGCUAGACCCUCCAUCCUCAGCAAACGGGCUCAUACCGAUUCAAGCGAUUCGGCGCCGCGCCGCAAGAAGGUCAAGAUUUCCAUCGCAGCCGCUGUCGAUCUUGCGGAGUAA